AUGGCUCAAUCAUUCACGAGCAUCUCGGCAGACGGCCGCCAUUCACUAGCGGGCACCGCGGACGGCUUCGACUCGGAAGGCGAGGAGGAAGAGAUCGACCAGCUGGACUCUGGCCUGGAUGAUGAAGAAGAGGUAGAGGAAGAAGACGAGGGAGAGGAGAUGGAACCCGAGGUGGAGGAGUACGAGAGCGCGUCCGCCAUGAAAGGCCGGAGGAAACUUGGCGUUCGCGUUCCCGGACACACGCUCCUACCACAAGACAAACUGGACAACAUACUGCAGGCAGAAGGCGCUGGCCAGCAUAUGUCUAAGGAAGCCGUGUUCAUGCUGUCCAUCGCAACCGAAGAGUUUGUCAAAAAGCUAGCAGAAGCAGGCUACCAGAAAACCAUCACCGAAACUCGCCAACACGUACAAUAUCGAGACAUGGCGAACAUCACGCAAGAACAAUCCAAGUUCAAGUUCCUGGAAGACACAAUCCCCAAGCCCAUCUCCAUUGUUCAAGCAAUGGCGCUGCGCGCUGCAAAAGAGCGCGAACUGCUAGAAGACGACCCCGCAAUUUCCGCCGCCGCGCCCUCCUCUCCUCCCUUCAUGCCCAAUGUCCCCAGUACCUCCAACAGUCUCAGCAUGACGAAACCAAAACCGAAGGUGCGGCAGUCUCUCCCGGCGGAGACAAACGGAGGAGCGAAACCAAAGAUGAACGGCAGCGCUAGCGCUGCGGGGCCCUCGGCUAACACAAGCACAAGCGCCGCGGGCGCGUCUGGACGGCAGAGGUAUCGCGACAGCAACGGCCGGUGGCGCAGGGUUAAUGGUGGGCACUCGGAGGGGACUCCCACGAGCACCACGAGCACCAGGGCGAGCAGCGCGCGAAUCAGGAACCUGUCGGCACGGGCACGGGAAGCAGAGGAGGCGAGUGGUCACGUAGCACAUCCCAACGGGGCCUCCCCAGUCGCGAAUGGGCACAGUGCGAGUAGCGCUGGCUUGCACCAGGAUGCGAACAUCUCGCCUGGAUCGACGGUGCUACUUGACCGGUUGUCUCCAGCACAGUUCACUGGACCUGCGAGUGGCUACCUGGAAGAUACUGGGCGUCUCUCGUUUAACGGAAGGACGAGCAUGGCGGACAACCCUGGGCGAACGAUCUACUCCCAACGCCCUCCACCGCCUCAGCCUCGAUGA